AUGGUUCGUGAGUUCGAGAUUACAGACAUCGGACUAAUGUCAUACUAUCUUGGAAUUGAAGUAAGUCAAAAAGAGCAAGGAAUUUUCAUCUCACAGAGUGGUUUUGCCAAAGAGGUCUUGAAGAAGUUUAAGUUGGAGAACUGUAAUCCUGUGAGCACACCAGCAGAGUGUGGACUGAAAUUAUCCAAGGAUGACAAAGGAGAGAAGGUCAACUCAACAGAAUUUAGAAGCCUGGUGGGAAGUCUGAGAUACCUGACUUGUAUCAGACCAGAUAUUCUCUACGCAGUUGGCUUAGUGAGCAGAUACAUGGAGGCACCGACAAUGUCACAAUGGAAUGCUGCUAAGAGGAUACUGCGCUAUAUCAAAGGAGACUUCGAUGAUCGCAAGAGCACUACAGGAUUUGUAUUUUUUCUGGGAGAUACAGCUUUCACAUGGAGUUCAAAGAAGCAAGCUAUCGUGACACUGUCAACUUGUGAAGCUGAGUAUGUUGCUGCGACAUCGUGUGCGUGUCAUGCGAUAUGGCUGAGAAAGUUGCUGAAGGAGUUGAACAUGACACAGGAAGAGUCAACUGAAAUUUUUGUGGAUAACAAGUCUGCCCUAGCGUUAGCAAAGAAUCCGGUGUUUCAUGAUCGCAGUAAGCACAUUGAUACAAGGUAUCAUUUCUUGAGAGAAUGCGUGGAGCAGAAAGAAGUGGCGUUGAAGUAUGUGAAGACUGAAGACCAGAUUGCAGACAUUUUCACGAAGCCACUGAAGCAAGAUGUGUUCGUCAAGAUGAGGACGCUACUCGGAGUUACGACAAAUUAA